UUCAUGGCCAUGGCUAAAGAAUUCCUGGGAUCUUCUUUGUUGGAGAAAUCAUCUUUUGUUCCUGCUUCAGGACUUCUGUUUAAUCAUAAGUUUAACCAGAAACAGAACAACCUUUCAUUUUCUCCUGUUUUGGUUCCUUUCGAGAAGAGAAGAUUGCAUUCAAGGAAGGCUGUGUCGGUCCCUGUUGCAGCCAUUAGUGAGGAUUUGGUAAAGCUUGUUGCACCAGAGAAGCCAGUGAAGUUUAAGGUGAGAGCUGUAGUUACUGUCAGAAGGAAGAACAAGGAAGAUUUGAAGGAGACAAUUGUAAAGCAUCUUGACGAUUUUACCGACAAGAUUGGCAGAAAUGUUGUCUUACAGCUUGUUAGCACCCAAAUCGAUCCAAAAACAAAGGCGCCGAAGAAGAGCACAGAAGCCGCUCUGAACUGGUCGAAGAAAUCAAAGGUUCGAGCAGAAAGAGUUCAUUACACAGCAGAACUCACGGUGGACUCGAUGUUUGGGGAACCGGGUGCCAUAACAGUGAGCAACAAGCACCAGAACGAGUUCUUCUUGGAGACCAUCACCAUCGAAGGGUUUGCUUGUGGUCCUGUUCAUUUCGUCUGCAAUUCCUGGGUUCAAUCUAAGAAAGAUCAUCCAGGAAAUAGAAUUUUCUUCUCUAAUAAGCCAUAUUUGCCUUCUGAAACACCGGCUGGACUGAGAGAGUUGAGAGAGAAGGAACUGAAAGAGCUAAGAGGUGAUGGAAAAGGGACUAGAAAAGCAUCUGAUAGGGUAUACGAUUAUGAUACCUACAACGAUCUGGGAAAUCCAGAUAAGGGUUUUGCGUUCAGAAGGGUAACCCUCGGAGGUAAAGACAUCCCUUAUCCCAGACGAUGUCGAACUGGUCGUCUUCCCACUGAAACUGACAUGAAAGCAGAGAGCCGUGUGGAGAAGCCAUUUCCGAUGUAUGUGCCGAGGGAUGAGGCAUUUGAGGAGUCUAAACAAGACACAUUCGCUGCUGGAAGGCUCAAGGCAGUGCUUCACAAUUUAAUACCUUUGAUGAUUACUAGUCUCUCUGCCGACAACCAUGAUUUUAAGGGGUUCUCCGAUGUCGAUAGCCUUUAUAGAGAAGGGCUACGCCUUAAAGUAGGCUUACAGGAUGAGUUCCUAAAGAAGAUUCCAUUGUCUAAUGUUAUGAAUCAGGGACUUCUCAGAUACGAUACUCCAAGGAUUCUCACCAAGGACAAGUUUUCUUGGCUACGUGACGACGAAUUCGCUCGUCAAGCAAUGGCAGGGAUCAACCCAGUUAACAUUCAGAGGCUUGAGGUCUUCCCACCCGUAAGCAAGCUUGAUCCAGAGAUCUACGGUCCACCAGAAUCGGCGAUCAAAGAAGAACACAUCGUGGGCCAUAUCGAAGGGAUGUCCGUUCCACAGGCACUGGAGGAGAAAAGACUGUUUAUGCUGGACUUCCAUGACAUCUAUCUCCCAUUUUUAGAGAAGAUUAAUGCACUGGACGGGAGAAAGGCAUACGCUACUCGUACGCUCUUCUUCUUGACACGUCUCGGUACUCUCAAGCCAAUCGCUAUCGAGCUCACUCUCCCUUACACUGGCGGCUCUUCUCCUUCUUCAUCGUCUUCGUGGAAAAGGGUUCUCACCCCUCCAGUUGAUGCUACCACCAACUGGAUCUGGCAGCUUGGCAAGGCCCACGUCUGCUCCAACGACGCAGGUGUUCACCAACUGGUCAACCACUGGUUACGCACCCACGCCUCUAUGGAGCCUUUCAUACUAUCUGCGCACAGACACCUGAGUGCGAUGCACCCGAUCUUCAAAUUACUUGAUCCCCACAUGAGGUACACCCUUGAGAUCAACGCCCUUGCACGCCAAACCCUAAUCAGUGCUGGCGGUGUCAUCGAGUCCUGCUUCACCCCUGGCCAAUACUGCAUGGAGAUCAGUGCCGCUGCCUACAGCAAUUUCUGGCGUUUCGACCUUGAAGGCCUCCCUGCCGAUCUCCUCCGAAGAGGAAUGGCAGUUGAAGACCCCACGCAGCCUCACGGAAUAAAAUUGGUUAUUGAAGACUACCCUUACGCUAACGAUGGUCUGCUCAUCUGGUCUGCAAUCGAGUCUUGGGUUCGAACCUACGUGAACCGGUACUACCCGGACUCGAGCUUUAUCCGGUCUGACAUAGAGCUCCAAUGCUGGUACAGCGAGGCCGUCAACGUCGGACAUGCGGAUCUCCGCCACAAGAACUGGUGGCCCAAGCUUGCCAAUACGGAGGAGCUCACUUCCAUCCUUACAACCAUCAUAUGGCUCGCCUCUGCUCAACAUGCGGCGCUUAAUUUCGGGCAAUACCCUUACGGAGGUUACGUACCGAACCGGCCUCCACUGAUGCGACGGUUGAUACCAGUAGAGGGUGACCCAGAUUAUGACUUCUUCGUGGCUGACCCACAGAGAUUCUUCUUCUCUGCCCUCCCGAGUUUGUUACAAUCGACUCAGUUCAUGGCCGUGGUGGACACGCUUUCGACUCACUCACCCGACGAAGAGUAUCUUGGGGAACGACAACAGCCGUCCAUCUGGUCAGGAGAUGCUGACAUCGUCGAGGCAUUCUAUGGGUUCUCCGCUGAGAUCCAACGGAUAGAGAAGGAGAUAGAGAAGAGGAAUAAGGAUCCGAGUUUAAGGAAUCGGUGUGGGGCUGGGGUAUUGCCCUACGAGUUGCUUGCUCCAAGCUCGGAGCCUGGGGUGACUUGUAGAGGUGUUCCUAACAGCGUAUCCAUUUGAGAUAUAUUCUUUUGACACUAUAUGCAUGUCUAUAUAUAUAAUGAACUUGCCUUGGCGCAUUAAUUGUUUCUCUUGGAACUAGAAAGCGCCCUUGUGCGCUUUGUAAAUGUAAUAAGUGUAAUUAUUUUUUGGGGCAAAGAGAAAUUGUAAUAGAUUUCAUUUCCCACAAGGGAACGAGGUGUAUUUAGUAUACCACAUUACUAAUGAAUUUAUAUUGGUAGAAUUUCUUA